CUUUAAUUUUAAGUACACAGCCAAGACAACAAAGGAGCGGAUUAGUGACAUCUCUGAGAAUGUCCUUGAGUGGUCCAGCCAGAGCCCUGACUUGAAUCCAAUUCAUCAUUUUUGGAGAGACCCUAAAAUGGCUUCCAUCACCCGUCCCAAUCCAAACUGAUCCAAAUCCAGGUGUGUAAACCAUGUGGAAUCAUAUCCAAGAAGACUGGAAGCUGUAAUCGCUGCCAAAGGAUGAUGUUGUUUUGGUAAGACUGUGCUAAACAUAGGACUGAGCCCUGCGCCGUUCACGAAAACUUCGGUAACCCUACAGUUGAAGCAUGAGAACACGUCGUCUGUGUAGGAGGUGACUGAUGAGAUGGCAGGUCAGUAAUAGGAGCUGGGACGUUCAUCUUGGUGAGGAUGGGUGCGCUUACAAGCCGGCAGCACGCAGGAGUUGAAGAAGUAGAUAUGCCGUCUAACUCCGUCUAUAGAUACCCACCCAAGUCUGGUAGUUACUUUGCCAGCCAUUUCAUCAUGGGGGGAGAGAAGUUUGAGUCCAGCCAUCCUGAAGGUUACCUCUUUGGGGAGAACAGUGACCUGAACUUUCUGGGAAGUCGCCCCGUCACGUUCCCAUAUGCGGCACCUUCCCCACAAGAGCCUGUGAAAACACUGCGCAGUUUGAUCAACAUACGGAAAGACACAUUACGUCUUGUCAGGUGCACAGAGGAAGUUAAAGCCAGUGGAGCUGAAGGCAGCCGGCCCAAGGUACAUUAUAAUGUGGAGUUUACAUUUGACACGGAUGGAAGAGUGGCCAUUACUAUCUAUUACCAAGCAACAGAGGAAUUUCAGGGGGGCAUUGCCAGUUACAUUCCUAAGUGCAGUAAUCUGCAGUCUGAGACUGUGCACUUCAAGAAAGGGGUGAGCCAGCAGUUUUGUCUUCCGUCACAUACUGUGGACCCCUCUGAGUGGAGAGAAGAAGAGCUAACCUUUGAUCUUGAUCGAGAAGUAUAUCCUAUGGUUGUCCAUGCAGUGGUGGAAGAAGGAGAAGAACAUCUUGGGCACUGCCAUGUGCUGAUGGCAACAUUUGAAAGGCACGCAGAUGGCAGUUUUUGUGUGAAGCCCUUGAAGCAGAAACAAGUGGUGGACGGGGUCAGUUACCUCUUGCAGGAAAUCUAUGGGAUUGAAAACAAAUACAAUUCUCAUGACUCCAAAGUGACAGAAGAUGAAGUCAGUGACAAUAGUGCCGAGUGUGUUGUUUGUCUGUCUGAUGUACGGGACACACUUAUUUUGCCAUGCCGACAUCUUUGUCUGUGUAAUACCUGUGCAGAUACUUUGCGUUACCAGGCAAGCAACUGCCCCAUCUGUCGAUUGCCUUUUCGAGCGCUGCUUCAGAUCCGAGCAAUGAGAAAGCUUCCAGGUCCUCACUCACCUGCUGGUUUUAGCCCGAUCAUUGCAGCCCCUAGCUCAGACUCUGAAGAGCACACGUCAGCGGAACAUGUCCCUCCCGGAUACGAGGUUGUGUCACUCUUGGAGGCUUUGAAUGGACCCCUGACCCCAUCACCAUCAGCUCCACCAUUAAGAGCUCUUGGGGAAUCUCGGAGGCCGGGAGUUCUUCCAUCAUAUGGCAGUGACAUCCAGCUGCCUCAUCUGCGCAUGCACUCGCCUCUUCAGCAUCUUUGCGGCAGUCAGGCUCUUAAGCUGAAAAAAAGUAUUUCCAGGUCAAUUUCUCAGAACUCUUCAGUGUUACAGGAAGAUGAGAUGGAAAAAUCAUUCAGCGAUGCUGAGAUCCGAACACCAAGGAAAAAGACACCCCAACUGGCCGAGGAAUGUGGAGCUACUCCUGAGAGUGAGAACCUGACUCUUUCCUCAUCCGGAGCCAUUGACCAGUCUUCUUGUACAGGAACACCGCUGUCCUCCACCAUCACCUCUCCAGAAGACCCCUUGAGCAGUAGCCUGGCGCAGUCCGUAAUGUCCAUGGCCUCGUCCCACAGCCAGCAGUCCCAGCUCAGCACAGACACUGUGUCCUCCAUGUCUGGGUCCUACACAGCAGGUAUAAUGGAGGAAGAUGAAGGGGGGAUUAUGCCAUCACCUCCUGUGGCCCCCAGUGGAUCCCCCUCUGAAGAGGGAGAGCUGUCACCGGAGGGACACUUUGUGACCGUGUCUGCAGAUGAAAUGGAUGCCGAGGGAAAUGUUACAGAGGAGGAAUUUGCAUCCCCAGAGGAGGAUGAUGGGCAGAGGACUGGCAGAGAGUGUGACAAUAACAAUGCUGCUCACGUCACACUGCGGGACACUCUGGACAAUGUGCGGGGCUCUGAGGGCUGCCUGGCCGAUGCCUGUUUCCCUGGGACUCCAAGCCAGAGAAGAAGACAUCCAUACCACACGUCGGACACUUGCGUCUCUCUUCAGGAGGUGGGAGACAGACAAGGUCGGCUGGGGGCUCAGGACGUGUGAGGCUUCUCCUCUAAAGGAUUCGCUGCUAUCCUGUGGACACUUCUUCCCUGCGGUCACCUAGAGAGACACUCACCUCCAUAAAGUCACUCAGGACACCUCACCGUUUAUACCUGGUGCCAGCUGUGUACCCUCGGUCACCUUGUUUAACACUUCACCUUUCAGUAGGUUGAUGUGUAUCCUUGCUGCCUCUUCAAGGUGCGGCGGUACUGGUACUGGUCGCUGUAUAUCAUGUUGUAUAUAGCCUGUGUAUACUUUGCAACAGGGGAAACAUGCACUAAGCUGUCUUAGGUUGUGACACAAUCCUUGUUUCAUAGAAGGGAGUUAGCAAUAUAUCUGUUGUGUGUACAUCCGUGGUGAUCGGCACUGCCUUCUAUAGCACUUUUAUGUGAAGUGAAAACUAGCGCCCUCUGGUGUACUAGCCAGGAACAAGAUAUGCUGGCCAUGCUGAAGUGCAGAUAAGGAGGCUUUAAGCAUUUUCUGUUUAGUGCCAGGUCAGCAGAGGAAAGGUUCGUACUGUAUCUAAUCUUUACCCUGGAUUAUGAGAGCGGAUUAAUUCAAUGUAUAUGAACAUACUUGGUCCAGGUGCCAUGACGGUGUAUACAGGCAAUGCCGCUGCUGUUUGAGUGAGGGUGAGUUAAGUAGAUCCCACUGAGUGAGUAGAAUGAUUCAGUGAUGAAGUAUCUGACUCUGCACCGUACUGUUUUAGAGGGGUAGGUGUUCCAGUUACUGUAUGAGGUGCAGGAAUGAUACUUCUGUAUCCUCGUACACUAAGUGUUUAUACUGUACCUCUGUUUUGUCUCCGUUUAGGAUUCUUCUUCCAGCCACCUAUUCUACAAAAAGCUUUAUGUACUAAGCCUUUAGUUUUUCUAUAUAUAUAUAUAUAUAUAUAUAUAUAUAUAUCUGUGAUCACAUAAAAUUUA